AUGAGCGAAACAAAAAAGAAAGGACAUGGCACAGAGGACAUAGAUGGGCACCUACACAUGUGGAGCGGUAUUAAUAAAGAAAACAGAGCUAAAGCUGGGGUUUCGGUACUUAUCAACAAGAAAUGGAAGAAAACCAUUACAUCAUGGGAACCCAUUAAUGAACAUAUAAUCACAGUACACCUGAAAAUGUGCGGCAGAUCAAUAGUUUUAUUAGGAGUAUAUGGACCAACAAACGACAGCCCCGCUACAGAAAAAAUUACAUUCUUUGAAACUCUAAAGGAAGAAAUUGAAAAAGUGAAAACUAAACAAGAAAUAUUAAUAGCGGGAGACUUUAACGGAAGGACGGGAAAUAAAGCACAUAACAAAACAGUAGGCCAUUUCGGGGAGGACACAAUUAAUGACAAUGGUGAAAGAUUAAUUGAAAUUUGCGAAUUAAACGACUUAAAAAUUACCAACGGCUUCUAUAAACAUAAAGACAUCCACAAAUACACCUGGAUACAAGAAACUAGGAAUCUAAGAUCCAUAAUAGAUUACAUAGUUGUUAGGAUAACUACAACAAUUAAGAUACAGGAUGUAAGAGUUAAAAGAAGCGCUGAAUGUGGAACCGAUCAUCGACUAGUAGUGGCGUACAUGCACUUUCCUUGGUAUGGAGUAGCAAAGAAAAACAAAGAAGAGAUAGCAAAACAAGAACAACAAAAAGGCAACCAAAACAACCAGGAAAUAAAAGAGAAAAGAUUUAAAAUUCACCUCCUAGAGAAAGAAACAAUAAGAGAUUUGUACAGACGUAGACUUGAUGAAAAACUAAUAGAGUUCAAUUUUAAUAAUUUAACAGACACUUACGAACACGUGAAGAAGAGCAUUAAAGAGGCAGCUUAUGAAGCAUUAGGAGAGGAAGACGGAAAGAACAAAAAAUAUACAGAAGAACUUAGCUUACUGCCGCUAUUUGCGAAAGCACUAUACGCCACGCGUUCCCGAUUUUAUACCGAGACGUUCCAAUGUGCGGCAAUAUUUAGAACGUCUUAUUUACGGCUGCCGACGACGCACAUGUUCGCGGCCGGCUUCGGAACCAUCGGACCGUCAAAUGACAGAUCCGCGCAGCUGGGAAUUUUAACGACUAACAAAUUGUCGUAUUAG